GGUGGCGAGGAGUCACUAGGGGAAGAAGGGAACAUGCUGGAGAAGACACUGACAACAUAAGGGGCCCCUUCACGACGUGGAGUGGGAUCGGAGGAGAGGAGCGAACCUUCUGGGGCCAAAAGCACAUCAGAGCUGAGGAAAUCAAGGAUACAAGGUUGAGAAGAGAAGUAGGUGGCCGCUGGAAGUAUGGGGUGCAUUCACAGCAGCCCGGGCACUGGCCAGAUGAAGACACAUGGGCCUGGUGGUGACACAGGAGGAAUCCCUGUGACGGCAGAGCCUGGAGUACAUCCUGAAAUCCUCCAACUGGCUGAGCUCGCCAAAGCUGGGUGCCAUGACUUCACAGAGAAGAGCUUCAAGAGGAGACGUGUCUGUGAUGUGUGCAAGCAGAACAUCGACAACCCGGGGUCUUUCUGCAAGGAUUGCAAGGCUGCAGUUCACAAGACUUGUGAAGCAAAGGUGUCUCCCACCUGCACCGCAACAUCAGAUCUGAGAGGUUCCACUAAAUCUACAUCCCAGAAGAAAAGAGGCUCCUUACCGAGGAGUAAAAGUGUGGAGCAAGUGAUGGAGCAUGUGAUGGAGCGCCACUACGACUUUGACCUCACCUACAUCACAGAGAGGAUCAUCUCCGUCUUCUUCCUGCCAGACCUGGAGGAACAGCGCUACCGCAGGAACCUCCAGGAAGUGGCCUCUAUGCUGAAAUCCAAGCACCAAGACAAGUUUCUGCUACUGAAUUUUUCAGAAAAGAGACAUGACAUCACCAAACUAAACCAAAAGGUGCAGGACUACGGCUGGCCUGAUCUUCACGCCCCACCCUUGGACAGGAUCUGUGCCGUCUGUAAGGCAAUGGAGACUUGGCUGACCUCUGACCCCAGUAAUGUAGUGGUCCUCCACUGCAAGGGAAACAAAGGGAAGACGGGGGUGAUUGUGUCGGCCUACAUGCACUACAGCAAGAUAUCCGCUGGAGCGGACCAGGCUCUCACCACACUGGCCAUGAGGAAGUUCUGCGAAGACAAAGUGUCCUCCUCGCUACAGCCCUCUCAGAACAGGUACAUCUACUACUUUAGCGGCCUGCUGUCAGGCACCAUCAAAAUGAACAGCAGUGCUCUGUUCCUCCACCAGAUCAUCAUUCCCUCGUUACCAAACUUCCAGACCAGAGGAGGGUUCUUUCCAUUCCUGAAGAUCUAUCAGUCUCUACAGCUGGUCUACACCUCAGGCGUCUAUGAUCCUCAGAGCUCCAGGGCGAGGAAGCUGUGUGUGACUAUGGAGCCUGCACUGUUAUUAAAGGGAGACAUUAUGGUGAAGUGCUAUCACCGGCGGAGUCAAGCAGCAGAGAGGGAGGUGCUCUUCAGAGUCCAGUUUCACACCUGCACCGUGCACGGAGCCCAGCUGUGGUUUGGCAAGACUGAACUGGACGUGGCCUGCACAGAUGACAGGUUCCCUCCCGAUGCCACAGUCGACUUCAUCUUCUCUAAUGGGCCAGAAAAAAUGAAAGGUCGAGAAUGCCGUCAGAAUGAUGCCUCUAUCAAAGUGGACUAUAAGACCUCAGACCCUGUGGUCAGAUGGGAUUCUUAUGAGAACUUCAACCUGCAUCACCAGGACAGCAUGGAGAAUAUCUGUCAUACAAAGGGUCCUCUGGACGGCAGUCUGUACGCACAGGUGAGGAAGAGACGUGGGCCCGGCCCUGCUUCACCAGCGUCUACCAACGGAUGCCUCAGCAGUAGCCCAACAGUGAAGCCCCAAACUCCCAGCCAGCCCCCGCCUCCCAGCUACACCAGUAACUCCAGUCGCUCUUCACCACCCACUGAUCAUCUGCAAGAUGCCUCUCCAUCCACAAACAGCCCUGAAAGAGAAAACACUGAAUGUGCAUCGAGGAGUGGACAUGGGGAAGACAGAGCAAGAGAGAAGACGCGAGGGAAAGAAAAGGACAGGGAGACGGCUAUUUUAGAUGACGGAGAGCCUGUAAGUUCAGGAGGUUUGAGGCGAGAGCACUCUUGUUAUGGUCGUGGAAAACCAAAGUGUGGCGAUUUGGGGUGGGAGAGGGAGAGAGGGCCCUGCCUUUCUAAUGGUCAUUGCCUCGGACAUUGCAACAGCAUUAAGACUCAUCCAAAGAGUCAAACGCUGCCUGCUUUACCAACCAAAUCUGUGUCCCCUCCCACAAAUUUAGCUCAUAUGGAACUCUGCCAUCGCCACAGUGCCCAUCUGUUACCAGACUUACCAUGGGAACAUCCACCACCACCUCCGCCCCCACCCCUGCCCUGUCUCCACAGGCCCUACUACCCUUAUUCUCCCCCUGACCACACACACCCACACAGCAACUCCCUCCCUCCCAGCAACAGACUCUGCCAUGCGGAGGAGUGUCACUUCUUCCAUUAUUCCAACCACAGCCCGUCUACUCAUCUGUCCCAUCAGUCACUGCCCUCCAGCCCUUACAGGGAAAUGUUCUUCAGCUCUCAAACACCGUCCUCUGGUUGCCUCUGUCGAGAGUGCUCCAGCAGGCGAGAGCACCAGUCCGACUCAGUCAGAACAUUCCACCCGUUUCACCUAAACCAAAUACAGAGCCCGCACUGGUCCCAAGGAGCAGGGGUACAACAAACAAGAGAGGUGCCUACGCUGUGGGAAAACGAAAAUCCAUGGGAGGUGGUGAGAGAUUCAGAGUUUUGGCAGAGCAAAUCACCCACCCCUGUGUUCCGGGUCUGCCACUCCACUUUGGAUCAGGGUCCAAACCAGGAGCAGCCGAGAUUUGGCCACGCACCACACCAGACCUACCACGGUCCCCAGUCUCUGGUGGACGUGCGGGAUGGAGCCAGCAGUGGGUACCACACCCCUCCUCCACCCCGCCACUCCUGCCCCUGCUCUCAUCAGUCAUCCCCAGCUGAGAGCCACGAGAGCCGGGGUUACGUCUCGGGAUACCACUCUGGAUCGGCCUCGCCUCUACCUGCUAAAAGCCCGUCUCCUGGGAGAGGCAGGCUGCCUGAGAUGCAGUCCAAGUCCAGAGAACAGCAGCGUGCUGAAGUGGAAAAGGCAAAAACAGAUGCAGAGGAUGACGUCUCCCAGGAUUCAGAGGGUAAAUCAGACUCUACUGGCCCAUCAAGCACCCCUGGACAGGACUCUGAUCAUGACUACACAAUAAUUGGUAGCAGCAGCCCCACACACACUGAAGACAGUGUAACAGCUGACAGCCCUCCUCAAAGCCAAGAAACCCCCGCAGAGCAAGAACCCAACACAAAUAUUAACAAAACAAGCACAACACCAACAGAAACACAAACUUCUAGCAUAUCUAUACUCUCAUCAGAGUCGUCAAUUGAGCCGAUAGCAAGUUCUGAUGGUGCAGCCAAGAUCACAGGAAGCACCCAGGGAUCUACCAAGUCAAAUACUUCAAGUUACACUGCUGUCAUCAUCACUCCAGUCCAAAUGCAACUCAAUGGUGCUGCUCUUCCCAGCGAUACUCCAUCCGAUAGUGUAGCUGUGAACCCGUCUGCCAGUCUCAGUUCUAGCCCCUCCACCACUUCCCCAAAUUCUCUUAUUGGCUCACCAGAGCUGCAGUCUUCUCCCCAGCACUCCCCAAUUGCGACAGACAUGGGCCAUAGACUUACUCCAGACAGAGACAGCUCAGCUGACAACAAACCUCCAUCACCUGUGCCUGACGGUUAUAACACACCCACAUUUCCCUUAGCGUCCUAUUACUAUCCAAUACUGAAUGUCCCCCAUGUCCCGUACACGGGGUACACUGCAGUCACUAUCCCCGCCAUCCAGCCACCACUCCCGGAGAAGAAACGCCUCUCCUCCUCUGCAGGGUCCCUGAACACACACAACUCUCUUCUGAGACUCUCCUCAGCUCCUUCCCCAACACACCAUGUGAGUUUCUCCUCCGCUGAGGGACAGCAGAGACGAGGGUCUGCACAGUGUAGUUACAAGGACGAGGCAGACAUCAGGGUUAAUGCUAAGUUUGUCCAGGAUAGUUCCAAGUACUGGUACAAACCAGGCAUCUCCAGAGACCAAGCUAUAGCUGUGUUGAAGGACAAGGAACCAGGAACCUUUCUUAUCAGAGACAGUAACUCCUUCCAGGGGGCUUAUGGUCUGGCCCUCAAAGUGGCCACCCCCCCGCCUAAUGCCAACAUCAAUGGCAGCAAAGGGGAUCCUCUGGAACAGCUGGUGAGACAUUUCCUCAUCGAGACUGGGCCACGAGGAGUGAAGAUCAAGGGCUGUCAGAACGAGUCUUACUUCGGAAGUUUAUCUGCCAUGGUGUACCAGCAUUCAAUUACACCCAUCUCUCUACCCUGUGCCCUCCGCAUCCCAGAAAGAGAUCUGGUCGGGGAACUUCAAGAGACGCAGAGUGCCACAAACACCAGGACAGCAGCCGACCUCCUCAAACAAGGAGCAGGCUGCAACGUGCUUUACCUGAACUCAGUGGAAACCGAAUCACUGACUGGGCCGGAGGCAGUUUCCAAGGCAACCAAGUGCACUUUGGCUCUGAGCCUGCGUCCAGUGGCGACGGUGGUCCACUUUAAAGUGUCCUCUCAGGGGAUCACUCUGACAGACAGCAAAAGAAGACUGUUCUUCAGGAGACACUACCCAAUCAACACUGUCACUUUCAGCAGCCUUGACCCCCAAGACAAGAGGUGGACUAAUUCUGAUAGCACAUCAAGCAAGAUGUUCGGCUUUGUGGCCAGGCGGACGGGCAGUUCCACAGAAAACGUCUGUCACCUGUUUGCAGAGAUGGACCCCGAGCAGCCAGCUGUCGCCAUCGUCAACUUUAUCAACAAAGUCAUGCUGGGACCUCAGCUGCGGAGAUGAGAGAGUAGAGGAAUCUGACAAGCUGGACUAGUGGGGAUGUGGGAGACAUACUAAAGAGAUUAUAUGCCAGUCUACAGAGGAAUCGUUUGAUAAGCCAAAGCCAACAUUUUUGUAAUAUUUGCCAAAUGAGAUUCAAACACCUGACCUUUUUUUUCAUGUUACAAACUGUUUAUAUGAUGUACAACAAACUGCACAACAAUCCAUUUGCCACAAUGUCCUUAGUGUUUAAGUUUCUCUAAAUAAACAUUCAAAGCUUGAGAGAUGAUUAGAAUGUGAGGGUCAUGUUUUAAAUGAAAAGUGGGGCAAUAGCAAUUCUGCUCCUCAUGCAGGGUGAGACAGGUUAAGAAAGUGAUUAAAUGAAAGAUUUUGUGUAAAAAAACUGAAAAUAAUAACGGUACACUUUUAUACCAUCAGACCGUUUAUUAAGCUGAACCUACCUACAAUUUAAACCAGACAGGUAGAUGAUAUAACUAAAUGCAGUGUGGUUACCAACCACAUGAGAAAGUAAAAGGGAGGUUAGCCUGAACACAGAAUUAGUUAAUUAAAAAAAGUCAUGGACAGGACUUUAAUAUUUAUAUUGAAUAUUUUCUACAAAACCCCUUUACUUUGUAACACUAAAAAUGCCAUGGAAGCAGGGGAUGUUUUUUAUCAAUGUCUUUUUGUUGAUGAGUUAUUGCAUUUUCUAUAAACUGACACACUAUAUAAAUGACUUCAGCACAAUGUUUUCAUAAUGGAUUUUUAUGUAAUAGAAGUAAUAUAUUUAUGGCCUCAG